AGAGCCAGUCGCCCUGGGACAAUGGCUCUGACAGUGUGUGUGCGGCGACUAACGGGGCUGCCGGGCACCCAUGACCGACAAGUGAGGCUCAGCUUUCGGGGCUUCACCCAAAAAACAAGGAGAAUUCGCUGUGGUCAAGAAGCAGAUAUCAGUGAGCUGUUCCGUUGGCCACACUAUGGGGCUCCGCUGGUUGGGGAGUGCCUGUCUGUGCAGGUGGUUAACUGCAGCCGUAUGUUCAGCCCUAGGUCUCUCGGGACCCUGGUGAUCUCCCUGCAGCAGCUACAGAGUACUGGGUAUUUGGUGCUACGGGAGGCCCUAGUGGAUGAGAAUCUUCGAGUGACCCCCAUCCAGGUGGAGCUUGACCUGAAAUAUCGGCCCCCAGAGGGGGCAACUGGAGCCUGGGCAGAGGAAGAUUUUGGGGCAUCCAUCCGGGACAGCUCAGAACUGAUCAUCCCCAGUGUGGGCUUCCAGGAGCUGGAGCCAGGGGAGGCACAGCUGGAGCGGCGGGCUGUGGCAUUGGGCCACAGGCUAGCUCGAGGCCUAGGUCAGCAGGAUGAUGAAGACGAGCUGGAGCUGGAGCUGGAGGACGACCCUGAUGUGGAGCUUUCAGGGGUCGUGUUCAGCCACCUCAAGAGCCGCACUCGGGGCCUGGCUCGAGGGGAUCCCUUCCAGGCGUGUGGAGCUUGGGACUUCCAGGUGGGGGUCACAGUGCUCGAGGCCCAGAAGCUGGUAGGAGUCAACAUUAACCCCUAUGUGGCCGUGCGUGUUGGGGAGCAGCGCCGAGUGACCGCCACCCAGCGCGGGACUAAUUGCCCCUUCUACAAUGAGUACUUCUUGUUCGAAUUUCAUGAGACCCGGCUUCACCUCCAAGACUUGCUGCUGGAGAUCACGGCUUUCCAUUCGCAGACCCUCCCCUUUAUGGCCUCCCGGAUAGGCACCUUCAGGAUGGAUUUGGGCAUUAUCUUUGACCAGCCAGAUGGCCACUUUUACCAGAAAUGGGCUCCGCUGCACGAUCCCUGCGACACCCGCGCCGGGACCAAAGGCUUCGUCAAGGUCACUUUGUCCGUGCGGGCGCGCGGGGACCUGCCCCCUCCGCUGCCAGCCCUGGGCCCGGAGCACAGUUCAGACUUCGAGAAGAACCUGCUCCUGCCGCGCGGGGUGCCGGCCCAGAGGCCGUGGGCGCGGCUGCGCGUGCGCGUGUACCGCGCCGAGGGGCUGCCGGCGCUGCGCCCGGGGCUGCUGGGGAGUCUGGCCCGCGCCCUGCAGGAGCAGCGCGUCUUCAUGGACCCCUACGUGCGCGUGUCUUUCCUGGGGCAGCAGGGCGAGACGUCGGUGCGCGGCGAGACGGCGGCGCCCGAGUGGAACGAGCAGCUGAGCUUCGUGGAGCUCUUCCCGCCGCUGACGCGCGGCCUCCGUCUGCAGCUGAGGGACGACGCACCCCUGGUCGAUGUGGCUGUUGCCACGCACGUGCUGGACCUGAGGCAGAUCUCACACCCGGGCCGCGCGGCGGGGUUUAACCCCACCUUCGGAUGGGUUCCUCUCUAUGGAUCUCCCCCCAGCGGGGGGCUCCGGGAUGGUCUUCAAAGUCUCAAUGAAGGCCUUGGCCAAGGCAUUUGGUUCCGUGGCCGCCUGCUGGUGGCUGUGUCCAUGGAAGUGUCCGAAGGGAGAGCUGAACCUGAGCCUCCCCAGGCCCCACAGCGACCCAGAUUGUCCCGGCUCAUGAGAAAGAAGAAGAAAGCCAGGCGGGAUCAGACCCCAACGGGGAUCCAACAGCCCCUGGAUGCCAGCUCCAGUGGUGAUGGUCCAGUGGAGGUUCCCAGUGCCAUGGAGGUGGAGGUGGAGGAGUUGCUGCCUCUGCCAGAGAAUGCCCUGGCGCCCUUGCAAGAUUUCCUGCUCUUCGGUGUGCUUUUCGAGGCCACCAUGAUUGACCCUGCCUUGGCCUCCCAGCCCAUCAGCUUCGAGAUCUCCAUUGGUGGCGCAGGCCGCAGGGAGGAGCAACCGGGCCGAGGUGCCAGGGCCAGGGAGGGAGCGGAGGGCGUGGCAGGGGAAGCAGAGCCUCUGCUGGAGUCCGAAGUGGGAGUCCGGCCAGUGGAGGAGGGGGAGGAGCUAGGGACCCCUGCCCAGCGACCUGAGCCCAUGGAUGGCAACGGGCCCUAUUUCUGCUUGCCCCUGCGUCACCGCAAGCCGUGCGUACGCGUGUGGAGCCGCUGGGAGGAUCACACGUGGCGCCUGCAGAGCGCUAACUGCGUGCGGAAAGUGGCCGAGAGGCUGGACCAGGGGCUGCAGGAGGUUGAGACUCUGCAGCGCAGGUCGGGAGCUGGCGCCUGCACGCGGCUGAAGCAGGCGCUGGAAGAGCUGGUGGCGGGGAGCAGACAGUUCUGCCACAGUGCUGAGCGCAGGACAAUGACCCGGCCCAACGCUCUGGAUCGAUGCCGAGGGAAACUGCUGGUGCAUAGCCUGAACCUGUUGGCAAAGCAAGGACUGCGGCUUCUGCAGGGUCUGAGACAGGGCAGUGUGCAAGAGAGGGUGGCACUGGCCAAGAAGCUCUUGGCGAAACUCCACUUCCUGGCCCAGGAGCCCCAGCCACCCCUCCCAGAUGUGCUAGUCUGGAUGUUCAGUGGGCAGCGCCGUGUGGCCUGGGCCCGGAUUCCUGCCCAGGAUGUGCUGUUCUCCGUGGUCGAGGACGAACGGGGCCAGGACUGCGGGAAGAUCCAGAGUCUGCUGCUCACAGCACCUGGGGCAGCUCCUGGUGAGGUCUGUGCCAAGCUGGAGCUCUUCCUGUGGCUGGGGCUCAGUAAGCAAGCCAAGGCCUGCACCUUAGAGCUCCCCCGGGACCUGCUGCCCGAGCCCUCCGAGGGACUGCCCCACCACCUGUACCGGGAUGACUUCAGCUACUUCCAGCUCCGAGCUCACUUGUACCAGGCCCGAGGGGUGUUAGCAGCUGAUGACAGUGGGCUUUCGGACCCCUUUGCUCGAGUCCUCAUUUCUACCCAGUGCCAGACCACAAGAGUCCUUGAGCAGACGCUGAGCCCCCUGUGGGAUGAGCUCUUGGUGUUCGAUCAGCUGAUCAUAGAUGGGAGGAGGGAGCAUCUGCAGGAGGAGCCGCCAUUAGUGCUCGUCAAUGUCUUCGACCACAAUAAGUUUGGCCCCCCUGUGUUCCUGGGCAGGGCACUGGCCGCCCCAAGGGUAAAGCUGCUGGAGGACCCUUACCAACGCCCUGAGCUACAGUUCUUUCCCCUAAGGAAGGGGCCCCGGACAGCUGGGGAGCUCAUCGCCACCUUUGAACUCAUUGAGUUGGACUACAGUGGCCGCCUUGAGCCCUCAGUGCCCAGUGACGUAGAGCCCCAGGACUUGACACCCCUGGUCGAGCACCUCUCUGGACGCCUGUCCCUGCCACCUGACGUGCGUCCAGUGCUCAGGAAGUUCCGUGUUGAGGUGCUGUUCUGGGGUCUGAGGGGCCUUGGCCGUGUGCAUCUGUUCGAAGUGGAGCAGCCCCAGGUGGUGCUGGAGGUGGCUGGGCGACGCGUGGAGUCAGAGGUCCUGGCCAGUUACCGUGAGAACCCCAAUUUCACUGAGCUCGUCAGGCAUCUGACAGUGGACCUGCCUGAGCAGCCCUACCUGCAGCCCCCACUCAGCAUCCUGGUGAUCGAGCGCCGGGCCUUUGGCCGCACUGUGCUCGUGGGUUCGCAUGUUGUCUCCCACAUGCUGCGAUUCAUACUCCGAGGUCAUGAGGACCCCCCCGAGGAGGAAGGACAAGAGGAAGAGGCAGGGGACCUAAUGCUCAAGGGACCACAAGGACAGAAGUCCCUGGAUCCCUUCUUGGCAGAAGUGGGGAUGCCCAGACGGCUACUGAAGGCUCCUCUGAAGAAGUUCCCCCUGGGGAGCCUCCUGAACCAAGGCCCUGAGCUGGAGGAGGAAGUCCCAGAUCCCGAGGAGCUCGACUGGUGGUCCAAGUACUACCUGUCUCUGCAGGAGCUCCGGGGCCAGACCAAGUUUGAGGAGGACGAGCUGGAUGAUCCCGGGGAGUCAGAUGGGGGCCACCUCAUAUCUGUGGCUGGGGAGGCCCAAGACCAGGGUCAGGGUGAGGCUGAAGUCAAAGGCUCCGUAUCCCAGAAGAAAGCAGUCCCCACCCUGAAGAUCUACAGUGGCACCCUGGAGGAAGAGUUUAACCACUUUGAAGACUGGCUGAAUGUGUUUCCCCUGUACCGAGGACAAGGGGGCCAGGAUGGAGAUGGAGAGGAAGAAGGGUCCGGACAUUCUGUGGGCAAGUUCAAGGGCUCCUUCCUUAUUUACCCUGAAUCAGACGCAGUGCCAUUCUCCGAGCCCCAGAUCUCCCGAGGAGUCCCACAGAACCGGCCCAUCAAGCUCCUGGUCAGAGUGUACGUGGUAAAGGCUACCAACCUGGCUCCUGCAGACCCCAAUGGCAAGGCAGACCCUUACGUGGUGGUGAGUGCUGGACGGGAGCGGCAGGACACCAAGGAACGCUACAUCCCCAAGCAGCUGAAUCCCAUCUUUGGAGAGGUCCUAGAGCUCAGCGUUUCUCUCCCUGCCGAGCCAGAGCUGACUGUGGCUGUGUUUGACCAUGACCUCGUGGGUUCUGACGACCUCAUCGGGGAGACCCACAUUGACCUGGAAAACCGAUUCUAUAGCCACCACAGGGCCAACUGUGGCCUGGCCUCCCAGUAUGACGUGGAUGGGUAUAAUGCCUGGCGUGAUGCAUUCCGGCCUUCGCAGAUCCUGGCGGGGCUCUGCCAACGCUGUGGCCUCCCUGACCCUGAAUACCGAGCCGGGGCUGUCAAGGUGGGCAGCAAAGUCUUUCUGACACCGCCUGAGACCCUGCCUCCAGGUAGAGGGGGCCCCAAGGUGGCAAGUGAGGUCCCCGAGGAGGCACAGGCAUUGCUGGUGCUGCGGCGCUGGCAAGAGAUGCCGGAGCUUGGGAUCCAGCUGGUGCCUGAGCACGUGGAAACUCGGCCCCUUUACCAUCCCCGAAGCCCAGGGCUGCUGCAGGGAUCCCUUCACAUGUGGAUUGAUAUCUUUCCCCGCGAUGUGCCUGCCCCACCCCCAGUUGACAUCAAGCCUCGACAGCCAAUCAGCUAUGAGCUCAGAGUCAUCAUCUGGAACACGGAAGAUGUGGUUUUGGAUGACGUGAACCCGCUCACUGGAGAGCUGUCCAGUGACAUCUAUGUGAAAAGCUGGGUGAAGGGGCUGGAGCAUGAUAAGCAGGAGACAGACGUUCACUUCAACUCCCUGACUGGGGAGGGAAAUUUCAACUGGCGCUUCGUAUUCCGCUUCGACUACCUGCCCACGGAGCGGGAGGUGAGCAUCCGGCGUCGGCCUGGACCCUUCGCCCUGGAAGAAGCCGAGUUCCGGCAGCCGGCGGUGCUGGUCCUGCAGGUCUGGGACUAUGACCGCAUCUCCGCCAAUGACUUCCUUGGAUCCCUGGAGCUGCAGCUGCCAGACAUGGUGCGGGGGGCCCGGGGCCCUGAGCUCUGCUCGGUGAGGCUGGCCCGCGACGGGGCCGGCCCGAGGUGCAACCUCUUCCGCUGCCGCCGCCUGCGGGGCUGGUGGCCUGUGGUGAAGCUGCGGGAGCCGGAGGAUGAGGAACGGGAGCAGCGGGAGGGGGAGGCUUCAGCCGGCAAGAAGAGGCGGAGGAAGAAGAGGAAGGGCCGGCCGGAGGAUUUAGCGUUCACGGACCCCCGAGGCCACGUCCACGUGCUCACGGGGAAGGUGGAGGCAGAGUUUGAGCUGCUGACCAUGGAGGAGGCAGAGAAGCGGCCGGUGGGGAAGGGGCGGAAGGAGCCCGAGCCCUUGGACAAGCCCAACCGCCCGAAAACUUCCUUCAACUGGUUUGUGAACCCACUUAAGACUUUCGUCUUCUUCAUCUGGCGGCGGUACUGGCGCAUCCUGGUGCUGCUGCUGCUGCUGGCCCUGGUCACCGUCUUCCUCCUCCUGGUCUUCUACACCAUGCCCGGCCAGAUCAGCCAGGUCAUCUUCCGGCCCCUCCACCAGCCCUGACCCUAACUGACCCUGCAUACUCUUCCUGGAACUCCAGCCCCUCAAAUCCUCCUGGGGAGUUCUUCUCACCGACAGGAGCUGUUGGGAGUCCACUGCUUUCCUUGAAUAAACUUGACUGUGCCUCCCCUCUGAUGCCUGAACUUAGGGUGUACAUGAUACAAGGGCAGAAAACAAAGCUGUCCCCAGGUGACAGGUGCUGGGGAGUCACCCAAGGGUGUGAGGCUGCUCAGAGGAAGAAUG